AAACUACCAAAGAAGGGCGACUUAGGCCUCACUCUGCAAGAACUGGCGAGGAAUCAUGCUCCUAUCGACGCCAAGUAAAAUCCUGAGUCGCAUCAUCCUGGAGAGAUUAAAGGACGCACUGGAGACAGAACUCCGACCAGAACAAGCUGGAUUCAGGAAAGGCAAAUCAUGUACUGACCAAAUUGCAACUCUACGCAUCAUCAUCACAGAACAAAGCAUGGAAUGGCAAUCAAACCUCUACCUCAACUUUAUAGACUUUGAGAAGGCCUUCGACAGCGUUGACCGUGAAGUAAUUUGGAAAUUACUCGAGUACUACGGCGUACCCCAAAUAUUCAUCAACCUUAUUCAACAGCUGUACGACAACGGCACAUGUCAAGUGAUCCACAACGGAAAACUCAGCGAGGCGUUUGGAGUAAACACAGGAGUCAGACAAGGGUGCUUAUUAUCACCAAUGAUAUUCCUAAUUGUGGUGGACUGACUGGAUUAUGCGUCAGACAGUGGGAAACGAGAAGACAGGGAUAUCCUGGACCGACGUGAAGAACCUAGAAGACCUGGAUUUCGCGAGUGGAUGAUUUAUGUUUGAUGUCACACAAAAUCGAAGACUUACAAGCGAAAACCGACAAACUGGUCGAAGAAGCAGCCGG